AUUUCACUGUUAGUAUACCGGUUGUUUACGAAGCAUGUGACAAAUAACAUUUGAAUUGAUUCAGCAACAACCCAAUAACAUUUGUUGUGAUUGGGUUGCAAAAUUAACACAGAACAGUACCGUCAAACACAAAUGUACCACUACACCUGAUGUCCCACUAAUGCUGACAUCACCCUACUUUCUGACUUGACUGGAAUUGAAAUGGAAUUUACCCCCACCCUGAGGCAUUUAGGCCUGCAAUGGGGAGAUCUAUAGGGGACUGGGAAAAACGACCUUAUGUAUCGGCUAUGAUAGGAUGACAUUGACUAAAAAAGCCCAGCCCACUUUCACUCUCUCCUCUUCCGUCCACAUCUUGCCCUCUCUCUCCAGUCCACAUCAUUAUCCAUUCCAACAAGGUAGAGCGGCGGAAGCCAACCCACGUCUGGCAGGUCGUUCCGUUCCGCUACUGCUACUUGUGUGUGAGCGAGCUAACGAAGAUUGUGUAAAUCCUCGCCAAGGAUUAGUGGAGUUGGUUCGUCCUCAGUAGAAACAGUGUCGCGGCAGCUGCAGUUACAUCAAAGGCUUUAGCAACGCUCUUCCAGGUCACAUCGACGGGAACUUUGUUGGAUGGUAACCGUUUCAUAUCCCUCUCUCCGCUGUAAUAGCUGCUGCAGAUUCGCCUUUUCGUCGCAAAGGCUACAUUUUUCCGAACGGACUUAUAAAUGUCGGACCUCGUCGGAAUAAUGCACUGAAGAAAGGCUACAUGCAAGCGUCUGUCCAGAGGCUGCAGUAUAGCUGAGGGAUUGCGGCACACGGUUGACGUUUUUUUACGGUUUCACCAAAUAACAUCAGUUGUUGGCUAUAAAGGGAGAAUCGUGAAUCUCGAUCGUCCUGCGCUCGGCGAAAACAUAAUGGCCACUCUACUGCGGAAAAUCGGUCUGAUUCGUCUUCACGACCGGGACACAGAGGACCCCAAGCAUCACCAGGGCUCGCUAAAGGGGACCAAGGGGAACACGAAGAACAACACUAAGCAGCACUGUCAGACCACUAACGAGACGAACAACAUCCUCAGCACCCCCGAGAUCAAAGCGAAGAAGCUGGACCAGCACAGCAGCAAGGACAAACCGUCCGUAAAGGAUAAGCAACAGGGCAAGGACACCAAUGAGAAACAGCAGAUGGGAAGCGGAGGAGGAGGUGGGAUCGGGGUUGGAAAAUCAGCGACCAGUGCCUCAAUACCACCACUAGCCCCUCAACGGCAGCACUGCACCCAAGUCCGGACGAGGAGACUCAUGAAGGAACUCCAGGAAAUCCGGCGGUUGGGAGACAACUUUAUAACGGUCGAGCUGGUUGACGACAAUCUAUUUGACUGGAACGUCAAGCUCCACCAGGUGGACAAAGACUCGGCGCUGUGGCAGGACAUGAAAGAAACAAACACCGAGUUCAUACUGCUGAAUGUCUCUUUCCCCGACAAUUUCCCGUUCUCUCCGCCUUUCAUGCGGGUGCUCACCCCCCGGUUGGAAAACGGGUACGUGCUGGACGGGGGAGCGAUAUGUAUGGAGUUGUUAACCCCCCGCGGAUGGUCCAGCGCCUACACAGUGGAAGCCGUGAUGAGACAAUUUGCGGCAAGUCUGGUAAAAGGACAGGGGCGUAUCUGCAGAAAAGCAGGGAAGUCCAAGAAGGCGUUUAGCCGUAAAGAGGCGGAGGCCACCUUUAAGAGUCUGGUGAAGACCCACGAGAAGUACGGCUGGGUCUCCCCCCCUGUGUCUGAUGGCUGAGGAGACGGGCCAGCCAUAACGCUAGCUAGCCAUGCUAACUACGACACACCACGCUAACUCGACUCCUCCUCCUCGACCAUACCGCUCCACCACUCCACCACACUUGCUUUGGGUUUUUUCUUCUUGUUGUCUUGAUCACGUCACUGAAACUUCAGAAGGAACAAAUGAAGGAACGCUCGUCUACUUUGUCUUCACUUUGCUGAUAAUCGUCAUCAUCAUCAAGCCUCCCUCCAGCGCUGCACUCCUCCUUCCCCUCUCUCUCUCUCUCUCUGUGUUCAUCUCUCCUUCGGCUGAGUAGAGGGUUCCGCGGGAUGUGUGUGAACUGACUUAUUCAGGAAAGUGUGUGUGUGUGUGUGUCAGCGGCGUGUGUUUCAGCGGAGUGUGUGUCACAGCGGUCGAUGGAUUGGGUUUCCGACACACACACACUCACACAUCCACACACCCACACUGAGGGACAUUCAGACUGUGUGGAUCUGUGGAAAGACUGUGAAAGACUACUGAGAAGAGGGAGUUGUAUCCCCCUCUCCUCUUUUAUCCCACCUUCCCUUCUCACCUUCCUUCCUCUCCUCCUUCCUUCCUCUCCUCCUCUCAUCCCUCAUCGCUUUCUCUAAGCUGACACCACAAUGCACUGAAGUGAAGUCCAUCCAGUCUGCCUGAUCAUUUACAUACAAACCAGCCUGUUGAUGUUUAAUAGACAGACAGUGCAGGACGGCAGCUCAUGCAUUCACCCCUUCUUUUUUCUCUUCUUUUUCUCCCUGUUCCUUUCUUUUCUUUUGACUGUGCUGUUUUUCACAGUUCAAUGCAACAUGAAGAUUGUAAUGUAUGUAGAGCUGUGCUCUCUCUCCAUCUCUCUUUCUAUCGUUAAUUCUCCUCUCUCUCUCGUUCUCGCUCUCUCAUUGUGGCUAAAUUUAGACCUCACUGUGUUGCGUAGAGGGUUAUUGAUUUCGAACAAAGAAAAAAAAAUCACUUGCUUUAUAUGCAGAGACUCUGUACGAUGAAUAGAAUGGCAGUCAACCAUAGCUCUCUCUCUCUCUCUCUCUCUCUCUCUCACCUCACUCUCUCUCUGGUCAUAUUAUCAUGUAUAGAUGAAGACCAGCAGCUAUAAUUCAUAAUCCAUGAUUUAGAUACCAGAUGGUCAAGCUAAUAAUCAGGCCCCUGAAAGGUGUGUGUGUGUGUGUGUCUCACCAUGGCUUUUCAUUGUGUUCCUAUGUGAAGACAACUGUACUAUGCUGAUCCUUUUACCAUCAGUAACCCAGUAAUAGUAUUAGUACAUUACUGUAUGGAGAUGUUGUUACAGUGGUAAUGAUGAUGGUGAUGUCCUGACCAGAGGAAAUUAUCAUCUCUGCUAGUUCCCUAUGGGACUGUACACCACACAUUAAGACUUCAGAGUGUGUGUAUCGUUGUGGGAGGUUACUGUAGCUAUUUUGCAUUGGCACAUCACAUACAGUGGGGGAAAAAAGUAUUUUGUCAGCCACCAAUUGUGCAAGUUCUCCCACUUAAAAAGAUG